AUGUUCUUGGCAAGAGACCGUUCCCAUCACGCCGGUAUCCUCUUGGCCGUGGGAAUCGCUGCAUCAUUCUCCGAUGCUUCAGGGCCCGAGGAUAGCCUCAUGACGACCAUCUUCCACGUUGUCAGUCUCCCUCGCUCUUACGAUACGGCAAGAGCUUACUCUGGUUUCGAAUCACUGGCUUUCUCGGCCGUGUUCCAAAUGCAUUGCAGUUCUGCAGCUAGCCGUUUCAGGUUUUCUAUUGCGCCGUCCUUCUCAUCCUCUGGCAUCACAUCGCCCGGGUGGGCUUCCAGUGGGACGGAUGCAUUCCCGCCGUUCAUCAUGCCCUUCACUUCACGGCCAAUAUCAGACUCGAGAUAUUACAUUUGCCAACGAUUCAGGAAGCCAAAGCUCCGUCAUGAGACUGUUAAGAUUGCCUUUUUGAUUCAAAUUCCAAAUCAGAUCAUGCAAUUAGUUCCAUGUUCCCCAUAG